AUGAUGAAUUCAAAUGCUUCAGAAUCUGUUGUACCUACAAAUUUAUUCAAGGUCAAUCUUUCAUCACUAUCAACAACAUCAUCUCAAUCUGUUAAUCUUCCUCAUGUGGUUAAUGGUCAAGCCUCGCUCGUUCGUUUUCAAAUUUUGACUCCAACACAGUCUUCCUCGUUUGGUACAAAGGCUGCACGUGUUAUUAUUACUUCGCCAAACUGUACAUCGAAUUUAUCGAAUGCACAUACACAAUUGAGUCUUGAUAAUUCAAGACUUGCAACAUUAAAUGUUGACGCACCUAAACAAAUUUCACCACCUCCUAUCGAUAUACCAAUUCUGAAGCCUAAUAACGUGAAAAUUUCAGACGAUUCAGAUAUUUCUUCACAUUUCAUCAGACCUAUUUCACAAUCAACACCUUCAUCAUUGCGAAAAAGAAAAACCAAACAAAUUGAAGAACCAGGUAAUCUUUUUGUUAUUGUAUGGUACAUAUACUUAUUGACAUAG